CAGACCAGCCUGCCCAUCCGCGCAGUCUGAUCAGGAUCCAUGCUGUUCACUUACAAACCCUAUAACAAGUGCAGAACAGCAUGGAUCCUGAUCAGACUGCGCGGAUGUGCAGGCUGGUCUGGAUCCAUGCUGGUCGCAAACCCAUUAUGUUAGUUUUGUCGUGACGCGGCUCAUAUAUCGUUAUCACAUCCGGUGAAGUGAUUGCCUUUUAUACGAGUGUUUAGUAGUCAGAGGAUAACUGUUGUCAUAUUUUUCUCUUUCUUUAUUUUUGAAGAAUUCUUUAAUAGAAAAUUGCCAAGUGUCUGCGAAAAUGUAGAACAAACAAGCUAGUAUUUCUGCCUUUUGCGUUAAAACGCUCAGUUUAAAUAUUUUACAGACACAAAUAAAUUGAAACACAUUUUAUAGGGAACACCUCACGAGCGUUGCCGAAAAUCUAUCGAAGAUCUAUAUAUUGUGUGCAUUUAUUGUAAAUGACAAGUUAAUAUGCCGAGGUUAUUGUGAAUAAUAGCCGAGGAAUUCGGAUUAGGCCAAACAAUAAUGAUAAAUUACUUCCUGUUUCGAGUAGUAAUUUGCCCCUUCUUAUUUCCCCCUCCGUGAUAACGCCUUGUUUACAUAUUUUUAAUGUAAAAUUUAUUAUUUUAAAACGGUUCAAACAUGUGAAACAUACAUCGUUCUUGGUGUCUGUUCAUGCAAUGAACAAUAGGCGAAAUAUCGCCCCCGAAACUCUUAGGGUCCAGACCAGAAUAGUUUUGUAUCAAAAAUGAAAUCCGAAAAAAUAUAUCAGACUGCUGAGACAUUAACUUUAAAGUCCCAAAACUGUAACUUACCCCACCUUCCAGCCCCCACCUUUCCCCGGAAUGUGUAAAUAUUUGUCCAUUCCCAAACUAUAUAUAUGGUGCCUCAUAUAUACAGUUGUUAUGUGCAUAAUACAGUUCUUAUUGCAAUUUUGAAGUUAUAUAUUUACAUUAUCAAAUAUAUUUCGUAUGUUUUGAAGAAGGAAAAUAUUUAUUUUCAAGCAUACAAUGUAUUAAAUAUAACAAUGGAAAAGAUCGUUUUGUAUAUGAAUUUAUGCAAUUAUUAAAACAUAUUUUAGCUGCAGUUAUGCAGCAUUGUUAAAAUUAAACAUUUAAACUUCUUAUUCGCCCUAUGCAUUAUCAGAUCCAAAGCAUGCAAAAUUAAAGUUAUUAAAGUUAUUAAACGCCUCAGCCUUUUAUAUAUUAUAUAGAAAGAUUGUCACUGAUUAAGCUUUUUUCUGCUCUCUUUUCAGAACUUCAAUGCGAUCUGAUUAAAUUCUACAGAAAAAGGUGUAGUUCAAUACCUCUCUCACCGCUUCUUGAAGAAAUAGAGACACCUCUAGCUUGGUUCUACGUGAUGCCAGAUAUAGUCGCCGUAAAGCAGAAGUCCGAAAUUUGUCAUGAAGAGGAGAGAACACCGAUCAAGUCUUUGGGUGACCUUUUCUCAACUGAAAGUGAGGAUCAGCAAGAAAUCUAUUUAUUAGCUGACGCAGGCUUUGGAAAAACUGCCUUUUCAAAAUAUCUUGCAAUAGCGUGGUGUCAAGCUCAUUGUCCAGAGGAACAAUACGAUGAUAAUAAGUGUUUUGAGGAUAUUGAGUUAAAAGCUCUAUCUAAAUUUGAGUUCUUAUUUUUGGUUUUCUUAAGAGAUCAUACCUCUGUUUCUCACAUUGACGAUAUGAUUAGACAGCAAUUUUCUUUGCAUCUUCCUUCAUUGAAAUCACUAGAUGAAAAUUCAUGUAAAUCAAAACUAAAUGAAGUUUUAAGUAGAGAAAAGUGCUUGCUUAUAUUGGAGGGUCUUGAUGAAUGGAAUCACCCUGGUAAAAGUUGUAGAGAGGUUACAGCAGAAAUCCCACAUAGGUGCGUACGUUAUAACUGUGUGAUUUUAACGACAACUCGACCGUGGAAGUUUGGAGUUUCAUAUCUCAAAACAAGUCAAAUAGACAAAAAAGUAGAAUUGAUUCAAUUAAGUGAAGACUCUAUGCUAAAACUACAAGAAAAUGCUAUAACGAAAAUGACCGGUGUCCAUGCCAAAAGCGUACUGAAGAGUAAAACACGUGACUUUAAUAAAUUGAUACGUGACCGUCGCCUAGAGCACAUGCAAGUGAUUCCACUCCUCCUCAUGUAUAUAGUUUGCCUAUGGUGCAACAACAUUCCCAUAGGAAAUACAAAACAUGAAAUUUACACCAAUAUCAUUGAAUUUCUAUUAUCCAGAACAUCAAAGAAACACCCGGAAGUUCAACCAUCUCGUGAAUCGUCUGCCAGUGAAAUUCCAGAAUACUUCAAAAGUCAUGAAUUUUGUAAAAAGUUUUACAGUCUUAUAACAUCAUUAGCAGAGCUAGCUUAUCAAACAUUAUUUCACGAAAACAGAGAAAACACGCUUGUAUUUGAUAGAACGGUUGCUGAAAAAUAUCUCAAAGCAGACGACAUGAAAUUAAGUUUUCUCUCAGGAAUACUGUCAGAAAGUAGAACUAAAACUUUAAUCAAAGAAAUUAUCAAAGUGUCGUUUUCUCACAAAACAGUGCAAGAAUUCUUUGCCGCCAUAUUUAUAAGUUCUCAAAGUGACGCUCAGAAAAUUGUGGAAGAAAAAUGUAGAAAUGUUCAAGACAUUCUGGACAUGUCAAAAAAUUUUGAAUUUAUAAGUGGAAUGAAUGCUGGCCUGAUGUGUGCAAUAUCAAAUGAUUUGAUGUCUGUGAUAAAUGAAGACGAGAAAACACGCGAAUAUAGAACUAGGACAGGUACCGAGCUCUUGCCAGAUACUCCAUUGUAUAACAUACAGGAAAUGUUCAUGUCGUGUUUACAAGAAAUGCCUGAAAGUGAAAAUAUUCAAUUAUGUUUACAAGAUUUCUUCAUUCAAGAGAACACGGAGGUGCACAGUGCGCAGUUACAACGUUUAUUAAAACAAAAUAAAACCAACAUAAAAUCACUUUAUAUAGACAUCAGCCGUACUUCCAACAGUUUAUGUGAAAUUAUAGAUUUAUUCUCUCUCACAGAUCUCAGUCAUAUACAGAAACUUUACUAUGAGGGUAACAUGGAGAAGGAGGAUCAGAUAAGUCGGAUAUUGUUUCCCAGUUUACAGUCCGUUAUUUUGUUUGAUGGUACAUGGACAAAUGAUGAAGAAAAUCUGAGUGAAAACAUGGCGCGAUGUCAAAACCUACAAUAUUUAUAUAUUUCAGGCUUCACUUUAUCUUACAAAAUACUGGAAACAAUUUUCAAUUUUAUCUCCGGUCAAAAAUCAAUGAAAGAGUUAACAUUGAUGGACUUAGACUAUGAAGAACAUGGCGGCCAUGAUGAGAGAUGGAACUUGGACUUGUCUCAACAUUCAACUCUAUCAAAGUUAAACUUGUUGGCGUUACCUGGGAGGCUACAAUUAAAUAUAUCAACACCGUCAUUAGUUAAUGUUGAUUUGUGGAACAUCAAUCUAGAUGAAAGUUCAUUGUUACUGUCAUGUGACAUGUUGAAUAUUGAACGUGUGGUGUUGAGGUAUAUAGAAAUGUCUGCAAGAAGUUUACAGAACUUUAUUAUCGUGCUGGUAAAUCUGCCGCAGUCAGUUACAGUAGCGAUGUCCGACAUUAAACCGGAAACAGAAUAUGACCUUGUUAGAGAAAAUAUUCGGACAUCACAAACUUUUCAUGUGAUACAAGAAGAAGGUGAGGACAGGUGGCAGCCAUUUGAGUUCAAAACAAUAAAAGCAAGCAAAGAAUAGACAAGAAAAAACAUUGUGAAAUAUAUUGAAGACAUUACUUAAAUGAUUUUAAUUAAUAAAAACAAUUUAAUUAUGGACACUUAGAAACAACAUGGCGGCUCUUCAAUCUUUAACAAGGACACAUGUACUUUCGUUUUCAAUUAAUAAUUUAAGUGACAAUUGUUUAUAAAUAAAAACAUUUAAUUAAUAUAUAAUUCAAGGAAGUUUUGACGGAAUUCAAUGGAUAUAAAAUUGGAUUAGGAUAAGGAAAUAUUUAACAGCGGCCAUGGAUCAAAAUUGUUGUGAUGCAGAAUCUCUUGUGACAUUUUACAAUAUGGAUUUGUGUAGUUACAGAUUAUUUCGAGCAAUAAAAAUACCAUGUUCCUUUGUUGACAAGAAAAUCAGCUCAAGUAAAUCUACACGACAAUGAUGAUUAUGCUUCUACUAGAGUCCAAUAUGAAUUAUACUUAACACCUGGUUCCUGGCUUAACAGAAACAUAUAAAAAAACAGUGCAUCACCAAUACAUAACUUGUACAAUCUUUUAGUUCCUUGCUGAAACAAAGACAGAUCAGCAAACUUUUGCAUCAUUUGACGUACUUAAACUUGUUUUCGUCAAGGAGAAUUUAUGUCUGUAACGAAAGUUUUAACCAAGGCCGCUGUCAAAUAUUUAAAAAUAUCCUUCUGAAAACUUUGUUCUUGAACUACUCUCAUACCUUUAGAAAACACAAAUGAAACUUGUAAAAAACAUUUGUAAUUAAAGUGGAUUGGUCUACAAUGUGCACAUUUUCCAUAAGAGUUGAUAACAAGACCACAAUUAGACAAUAAGAUAUGUGCAUUUUUGAUAUACAUGUAUUUUGGAAAUGUUGAUAGAGUUUUAGUGAUUUAGUAUGAACACAAUAUAUGGUGAAUUAUAACAUUUUGUUCUAAGAAAACUUUAUUAUAUGUUAUAUUUUUUAUAAAUCGUAUCGGAUCAUGUAUCUAACACAUGCCUACAACACCCAUAUACAUUUUUUUUGUGGUUUGCUUUAACAUAUUAAACUAAAUACUAACUAUAAAAAUAGUUAUUUAUGGUAUUUAGAUCUUCCAUUAUAGACCAAUUCACUUUAAAGAAAGUAUGAUUAAAAUUGUUUUUAUUUAAAUAAGAUUAAAUUAUGUGUUCCUCUCUUUUAGAGUGAAAUAGUUAAACAUAUCACUACAUAAUGACAUUUAGCUUUGAAAAAAAAUCAUUAUAUUGUUGGAACAAAUUAUUCAGUAAUUUUGAUGAGUAUAAGUUUGUUGAUUUACUACUUUUUAAGGUUACAAAAAGCAAAAUCAAAUUUAAAAGUUGCAAUAUAACUACAGCAAAAUUAGAACAAAAGUUUUUAUGUUGCAUUUUGCUAUUGGUUAUGGAAAUCUACCAACCGUAAUCUGGCAUAGUACAUUAAAAAAAUUGGCCGUUCAAAAUAAAAUUAUAAGAUAAAUCGAUCAAAAAUUACUGAAAACUAAUUUUGGCUACAUUAAAUUAACAGAACUUUUUUACUUUAAAAAGUAACAAUUUUAUAGAUUUGCAAUGAAAUUAGUUUAUUUUUUAUAGUUUAUUUUUUUUUAAUUAUGCAUUGUUCAAUUGCAAAAUAGAAAUUAAAAUUUUACAAAGAAAAAUGUUGUUUAAUUGUAUCAUGUGAAGAUUUUAUAAUAUUUCACAAUGUCAUUUACAAAUAUUUGUAGUUAAAUUUGAUGCAUUUUUAAAAUGGCGCCGUUUGUUCGCAAAUAUUCUAUGUUUUUCAAUAGAUCAUGGCUUAAUCACAUUAUUUUCUGAAAUAUUUAUCUUUCUUUCACAUGUUUAAAGAUUUUUAAAAAACAUCCUGUUGGCAGAAUUUUCAUGUUUGCUCCUAUAUUUAGUUUUUGCCCUGUUCUUGAACACUUACAUAAUCAGCAUAUAGAAAACUAUACCGAGUUAUACCAAGACACGUUAUAUUGUGGCGAUAAGGAUUUACCUAGCGCGUUUCAAGACCAUUCUAUUUUAAGAUAAAAAUAUAUCAUUGGUUGGAUGACUCGACAAGUUAUAUGACCUAGAUUAGAUGGCUAUAAUUUAAUAUAACCGAUGCUUUCAGGUUAUAUAGCAAACAGUUUUUUUAUAAAUGACCGUAUUAACUUUCAGAAGUCUUUAAGAAAUUUAUAAAAUUACACAAAAUGCCUCCUUGGUUUAAUAAAGAGAAGUGAAAAAAGUAUCUUAAAAUUUCAGCAGAUGUGUGCUUAAGUGAUGUAAAACUCAUAUAAUAAAUCAACCCUGCCAGUAUUGUGAGAGUUGUUAUCAUUUACAAUCUAUAACAUUUCUCCAUAAUCUACUUUAAUGGUCCCUGCAUGCAAGAACAUAUACAAAUCUUUAUUAAUUAAGUUGUGUUUAGAGGUGUCUAUCAAUUAUAGGUUGAUCUGUAUAUUUGUACAAAAUAUAUUAAUGUAUUGCUAUUAUCCAUGUUCUAGUCAGAUUUGAUGUUGUUUUAUUUUCCGCUCAAGUAUAUACAGAUGUUUAUAGUUAUCCAUAAGUUCUAAAUACUAUUUUUUUUUGUGUUUGAGGUACUGUGUAUCUCAUUGUCAAACUACUUUGUUUAUAUGCAUGUACAUAAUUUAUAUUUAGUGAUCAGAAAAUGGCAUGUUAUAUUACUAACCUAUGUAUAUGUAAUAAAGAAAAGUUACAUAUAUCCAGGUAACACAAUAAGGAUACAUCCAGAAGGAUGGAAUAUUGUCAUGCUACUAUGACAUGAAAUAUGGCGAAUUAGGGUCAUCAUGGCCUUCUUUUUACUUUAAGAGAUGUUUUUUUGUGUGUAUAUGUAUAUAGUUUGCUAAUUAUGAUUUUGUAUAAUU